AUGGGGAAGAAGCAACAUCAGAAAGAUAAGCUGUAUUUGACAACUACCGAAUGGAAAGAAACUUAUGGCGGUCACAAGGAUGAUACUGGUAAGCGAAUGCAACGUGCACUGUUCAAACGUUUGCCUAUUACGCAUUGUUCUCUAUCAUUACUACCGUUUGAGGAUCCUGUUUGUUCACGAGAUGGAAUUAUUUUUGACUUGACACAAAUUAUUCCCUAUCUAAAAAAGUAUGGUGUUAAUCCAGUAACUGGCAAAAAAAUGACAGCGAAAGAAUUGAUUCAUCUAAAAUUCGACAAAGACAGUGAUGGUAAUUUUCGAUGUCCAGUUACCUUUCGUGUCUUCACACCCACAAGUCAUAUUGUGACCAUCUGUCAAACAGGAAAUGUAUAUUCUCUUGAGGCUAUCGAAGAAUUAAACUUGAAACCUGGACAUCUGAGAGAUCUUCUGACCGAUGAACCAUUUCAAAGAAAGGAUAUCGAUCCGAAUCAUUUAGAAAAGUUUAACAUUGAACAGUUUCAUCAUGUAAAAUUGGAUUUGAAAACGAAGUCUCAAAUUGAAGCUGAAAAGAAAGCUAUGGAAGAUCCAAAAUUUUAUAUCCGACGAAUGAAUAAUGAAACUAAAGAAAUUUUGGAAAAGCUAGCGAAAGAAUAUGUUCCAUCGAAAAUUGAAAAAACAGAAGAAGAAGAAGCAGAUGAACUUAAUGCAGCACAUUACAGUCAAGGUCGUGUAGCUGCUGGGUUGACAUCUACGAUGAUGGAGCCUAUAACACAGCAGAAGGCAGCUGUACUUGAUGCUGAUACCGUCAAAUAUGCAAGAGUGAACAAGAAUGGUUAUGUAAGAAUUAUAACUAAUUAUGGUGCAAUAAAUCUUGAACUGUAUUGCAAAGAUGUACCAAGAGCUUGCGAAAAUUUCAUCAAGCAUUGCAAAAAUGGUUACUACAAUAAUACCAAGUUCCAUCGAGUCAUUCGGAAUUUUAUGAUGCAAGGAGGUGAUCCAACAGGUACCGGCAAAGGGGGUGAUUCCAUUUGGGGAAAGCCUUUUAAAGAUGAAAUCAUACGAUCAUUUAGUCAUAAUCAACGUGGUAUAUUAAGUAUGGCAAAUCAGGGAACGGACACGAAUAAAUCGCAGUUCUUUAUUACUUUCCGAUCAUGCAGUUACCUAGAUGGUAAACAUAGCAUUUUUGGACGUGUCGUGGGCGGUACCGGAACAUUGGCUGCUAUCGAAAAGGUAGAAACUGAUGAAGGCAGCCGUCCAAUUGCAGAUGUACUUUUUCUUAACUCAGAAAUUUUUGUUGACCCUUUCGAAGAGGCUGAAGCAGCGGUAGCGAAAGAAAGAGAAAAUAUUCGCUUAGCGAAAACUAAUCAAGGAAAUGAAACAACAGUAAGUGAGCCAGCUGUAGCAACACAAAUCCCAAAACCGAAGGAAUAUGGUACUGGUGUUGGAAAAUAUAUAAAUUUGCCAGAAUUAGUUGCCGUGACAAAGCGCAUGGCGGAUAAUGCCACCGAAUUUGGCAUAGCUAAAAAAACUGUUAAGCCAAAUCAGAUUUUUGGUGAUUUUUCAUCUUGGUAG